GAAACGUCGUAAAUCUCAGCACGUACACACUUCCAGCACAUCGAUCGACAUUUUUCCCAACGAAAAUGCAUGCAGUCAUCCGCCCACUGCAGCAUCGGUUUAUACCGUACAAUACAGUCGGGGUAAUUAGAGAAGGACAUCAUUAUAUACACCGAUAAAUAAACUAAAUAAAUAUACCCCGUCGAGUGAUGCGAAUAAAAUCAAGCAGAAUUUUGCGACCGGGCCGUUCAUGUGUAUCGUCGGCCGGAUACGUGGCGAUCCGGUGGCAGACAAAACCCCGAAGUAUCUCCUCAUGGGAACACUAGACUACAGUACAUUUUGCAACGAGAGGGGAUUACGCAGCCGCUACUGCCAGUGGCUGUGACACCUCCACGAAUCAGCAUCAGCAUGACUUGUUUGGCGCUGCUAAUAGUAAUACUGUUUUAUUGCCUUCCUCUGGUUUCCCCCUGGCGCGUGUUAAACGCCACCCACCUCUCCAUAACCAUCGGGGUGAUGCGCGCCGAGAGCCCCAGCCGGGACCCUCUCUCCGCCUACGACUGGCGCUAUGGCCAGCCCUCCAUCGAGCUGGCCGCCGCCCGUAUCACCACCCUGUACAACGUUACGCCCACCUUCCAAUACCGCAACCACGGGCCUUGCAACAGUACGGACUACCAUGUGGCGGCGCGUUUAUCCGAAGAGCUACUGACGGCCCAGACCGUGGAUGUCCUGCUGGCGUCGCCCUGCCCCGCGGAGUUCCUGCUGCAAGCCAGCCUGACCACGUCCGUGCCGAUUUUUGCGCCGUUCGCGCCGCUGGCCAUGCGGGUGCGGCAGUUUGAUAAUGUGGCACGGUUUAGCUACACCACGCAGACGCAGUGGGGGAUCUUCUUCGCGCUGUGUGAGAAGUAUAACUGGACGUACGUGGCGACGAUCUACGAUACCACGCAGGAUUCCUACGUUUCCAUCAACACCGAUUUCACCGCCAUCGCUCGCAGUUAUCACAGUCUGGAUAUGUUCACGGUGCGCAUUGAAGACCGAGCCAACUACACCAUGGUAGUCAGCGAGCUGACGCACCGCACCCGCGUGGCGGUACUAAUCGCCAAUCUCACCGAAGUGCGCAAGAUCAUGCUGGCCGCCUACGCACAGCAGAUGUGCAACGGCGAGUACGCCUUCUUCUACUUUGACACGUCGCUGCAGGGCACGCCAAUACCCGAGAGCACCUGGCGCAACGAACAGGAUACGGAUGAUGACGCCCGCAUCGCGUUCCGUGCCCUGCAAAUCCUGGCCAUUAACUUCACCAACGAGAUGACGGCCUAUAAUGAAUUUUUUACCGCCUUCGCACGCCAGGCGCAGACCAGCUUGGGCAUGACCUUUAAAGACACCAGCUAUUUGAUGUUGUCGGACUACAACGCCAUCAUCGCCGCCGGCGCAGCGCUACGUCGGGCGUACACAGUUAACGGCACCAGUGUGAAUCUCAUCCGGGACUUCCUCAAAGCGUCGGUUUGGAAUACCACGUUCCAGGAUGGCGCACUGAGGCCGUUUACCAUUGGGUCCAAGGGCGAAUAUAUCGAGCACUUCCUCAUGUACGACAUGGACAAUACAACAGCCGCCCAAUGGCAGCAAGUGUGUAAUUACGACGGCUUCUCCCAACAGCUGAGCUGCACCACGGAACCGGAGUGGCCGGGACCGGUGGCGCCGUCUAAUGUGCCGAAAUGCGGGUUUGACGGAUCCCUGUGUGAUGACAGCGGUUCGGGAUCCAACCUUUCGGUGAUCGGGGCGGCGGUAGGAUCCGCCGUCGGUGGCGCCCUUCUAAUCGCCGGCAUCGCGUACUGCUGUUUCGCACAAGCCCACAUCGAGCGCAAGGUCCGCCACUCGUGGAUUGCCCGCUGGAACGACCUGACGCUGCCCAGUCCCGACAGCAUCCGCGAAUCCAGCGCCAAAAAGGAAGCCAUCAAGUUCCUCAACGCGGAGUGCGCGACGGAGAAGGACCGGGCGGAUGUGCGCGACGUCCAGGCGCAGGACACGGCGCUGUACGGCCACAUCCAGCCGUACGGGAUCUACUGGAACCGCAAGCUCUUCAUGGGCCGGCUGAGCAAGAAGUACCGGCUGCACUUGACCCGCCGUCUGGUCAACGAGAUCAACACCGCCACGACGCUACGGCAUGAGAAUGUGGCGCUGUUUGAAGGGGCGUGUCUGGAUCCCGAUCACGUGAUGAUCAUCUACGAGUACUGCUCGAAAGGCUCACUGUCGGAGAUGCUGUUAGAUGUCCUGCAUAAAGUCGACUGGACCAUUCGCUACUCGCUGCUGCACGACAUCGUUAAAGGCCUGGCGUACAUUCAACAGAGUCCGCUGGGUUGCCACGGCCGACUAACAUCGCACUGCUGCUUCAUCGAUAUGCGCUUCGGACUGAAAAUUGCCGACUGUGGACUGGACAGCUUCUUCGAGUUGUCGGUGGCCGAGAUGUGGGCGGCAAAACGGGACAGCUCCUUCUAUGCUCGCAUGCUGUGGAUGGCUCCGGAGCGGCUGCGCAGCGACUAUAGCGUUCAUGGGAAUUCCCGCGCUCCCUCCAAAGCCAGUGAUAUCUACAGUUUCGGGAUUAUUCUCCAGGAAACGGUGUUGCGGAUGCCGCCGUUUGGGAUGUUCGGUGCCAUGAGUGCUGAAGAAAUCGUGGACGAACUAAAACGACCGGCACCAUCUGGUGACGAAUCCUACGUCGCAUUCCGUCCGACCCUUACGGAAGAGCACGCCGAUUCUACGCUGGUAGAACUGGCGCAUCGUUGCUGGACGCAGAGCCCGGCGGACCGUCCGAGUAUCCUGCAGGUUAAGGUCAUGAUGAAGGAUCUCGGCAAGCACCUGGGUUUCGGUGAAAAGGGCAGCAUCCUGGAUACUUUGCUCGAUCAGAUGGAAGAACUCAUGACGAACCUGCAGCAGAUCAUCGAGGAACGCAGCCAAACAUUGCUCGAGCAGAAAACCCAGAGCGACGAGCUUCUAGGCGACAUAAUACCAAAAGUUGUGGCCGAACGCUUGAAACGCGCGGAGAAGAUUCUACCGGAGACGUUCGAAUCCUGUACGAUUAUGCUGGUGGCCAUUGAUAACUUUGCACGGAUCACUGCGGAUUCCACGGCACUGCAAAUUACCGAGUUCCUGCUGGAUUUUCAUCAUUUUCUGGAAGAACAUGUGGCGCGACAGGGAUGCUUGAAAGUGGAUUUUCAUGACAAUGUUGGAACGAUCGUUUCCGGCGCACCCAUCAGAAACGGCCAUAUCCAUGGCGAACAGGUUGUCAAAGCAGCACUUGGGAUGCUGUACACGUCGCUGCAGUUUAAGAUCCGGCAUCGUCCAAAUGAAGUGCUACGAAUAACAAGCGGCAUUAAUUCCGGUCCUUGUGUGGGCGGAGUCGUCGGUCACGUGCUUCUCCGUUAUUGCCUGUUCGGGGAAACGGCGCAGAUCUGCACGCGCAUGCUGGAAACCGCGGAAGAGAUGACGGUGCGAUGCAGCGCCAUGACCAAAGAGCUUCUGUCGGAGCAUUUCGAGCUACAGGAGAACGGAGAAGUCUUCGUCAAAGGUAAAGGCGUCAUCGUGUGCUUCAUCGUGCGGGACGUGCUGGAAGACACGGAACUGGCGCCCCUGGAGGAGCAGUUCCACUACGACAUGAUGGCGUACCGGGCGCGUCGCUUGGCCGAUUCGCGGAAGGGCGGAAUGGGGAGAAUAAAGGGGCGGUCCUUGACCACGCGAAUGUAGAAAACGGCGAAAAGCGUGCAGAACUGUGGAAAGAAGAGUCGAUGGAGCGAGAGGAAGACGUUUUGAUUUAACUGGUGUGAAAACGGAAGGAACCCCGACGGCCAUCAGGGAGAAGAAACCUGAAGAGAACGAGUUUGCUGAUGAGACCACCACGAAGAAGCAGAAGGAGAAAUCGCGCCAGACGAUGCUCAACGGGUUGUCUGCUGUCUACGUGCACAUUACACAUAAGGUCGGCGUGCAAAUACUGUAUUCGCUCGCACAUCUUGGACCACAGAGUGUGUGUACGGGAAAAACGCGCAUUCAAUAUACACACUCUAACCGGGCCAAACGCGCGAUUCGCGAUUUGAUAAAUUUCUGAUGUCUUACAACAUCUGGACUGGAGAACUUCUUGAAUAAUGAAAAAAAUUAGAGCUCUAACAAUUUUUAUCAUGUUUAGGCUCGAAAGCAGCCAUUAACAUACAGCUUUGGCGUAAGCACGAGUUACAAACAGAUUUUGUUGUGGUUUUUGGGGUGCCCCUGGAGGGGGAGGGGUACGUUCCGCGUCAACAUUCUUGAUGGCGAUGAACCACCGAACAAUGCGAGCUUCCAGCUACAGAACCUUUUUUUUCCAGAGUGAAUUGCCAUUUAAAUGAAAAGACUUGAUUUAAUAAACAAAUUCACAAGAAGAACUGUUCAUCUUGAAACCAAAUGAGGAAUAUUUCGUAGUCGUGCAUUUUGCCCGGUUAGAGUGUGUAUAUUGAAUGCGUGUUUUUCCCGUACACGGACUCUGUGGUUCAAGAUGUGCGAGCGGAUACAGUACGAGUGCGAGCAUUUGCAUGCUGUGUCUGCGAAAUGCUCUUGUGAGCGAAUGGUGCCACGUUCUUAAGUGGCAGGCGUCCGGCGGAACCCGUGCAGCUGUUAAGUACGUAGUGCGUGGAUUGUUGCUCUGUUCAGCAUAAGUUUCUUGAGGUUGCAUGCAAAGUUUGGUUAGAAAAUACCAAAUGUCAAUUACAAAGAAUCGCGUACAGAUACAUGGAUGCUCUGUAAUCACCGGUAAAAGCAGUUGUCCGAUUAAGAAUUCAAGGUUUUGAAGCCAGCCUGCUCCCGGAAUCUCUGUAAUACAGUUACCAAUGGAUCUGUAAAGUCUGGAUAGAUAGAUAUGUGGCUGGUGUAUCUAUUUUCCAGCAGCGAUUACGACCUCGAGCACAUAUUGCUAAAAUGUUCGUGACCUUGGAUUAUUGUCCUUAGAUUGUAUAUUAUAGUUACACCGUAAUUUGUUGUGAUGAAAGAAGCUGAGCCGGUGAGCAGUUUACAUCAUCUCGCAGAACGAAUCCGCAUAAUUUCGGCGCUAACAGCGGCACUACUGCUUACGUUAACCUUGGGCUGUAGUCCGGCGGAAAAAAAGAAUAAACAGGAAAACCUUUUGCUAUGGAACGCGUUUGUCGCUGCCCAAGAAGAAAGCGUCGACGGACGUGUCGAACUGCCUCAACAGACGAACACAACGCGAUCACCGGAUACCGUGCGCGUUCUGACGGGAGAAACCGCCGUAUUCCGCUGCUUUCACUAUGAACCUUACAAGCUACUAUGGCGUCACCAGGAUAACCUGAUUAACGGCACUGCGCCCGUGGUAGUACAGGAUCAGCAGUAUUCCGUGCAAAUUGUCGACGAGGCCAGUUACCUGUCCAUACACAACGUCUCGCGCUUCUCCGCCGGCAGCGUGGAGUGUCUGCGUCCCUGCGGCGAUGGCCAACGCUGUCCGGUCAAACACUUUACGCUGCAGCCAAAACUGCGCCCGGCCGACGUCUUCAUCGGACAGAUGGACAACGUGACGACGCUCACCGGCGUGAAAGGACAGUUUAAGUGCCAAGUGAACUUCCCCUGCUGUCCUAACGGAUCCAAGCAUUUUAUCUGGAAAGCACGAGGUAGCCUUUUAAAUAUCCCUAAAGGUCAUCUGCUGGAGCGCGUCCUCAGUCUGGGACCAGACCUAUGGCUACACUCACACCUAGAAGAAAACUAUUCGUGCUCUGCGGCUGGGCCAGCCUUAUGUGAACAGACGUUAUUUAUUGGGGCCCGCCUCCGUUUUGGCCCGAAUCCCAGCGUCGUGGAGUGCUGGGUGCGUGCAGACGUGGACACGGAGGAAUGGCUGGUGCAAAAAGCACUGCUGAAUAUAGUUCGUUCAUCCGAGUAAUACCUUUAUUCUGUCUGCUGCAAGUUGCAGAGAAUCAGUUGUUUUAGCAAAAACCAAAUGACACGUGUUAUAAUACAGCGAGAGAAAGUAAUACGGUACUAU